AUGUCGGCGUCACUUGAAUUCCAAAAUGUGUCCAAGGAGGAAUACGGCCAAAUGGUAAGCAGUAUAUUGCUCAACAUUGAAUUUAUAUAUUUCAAGUAUGCAAUUUAAGGUAGAUAUUCCGAAUAUUGAUUGAAUUUAUAAGUUACCAUGUCGGAACUAACUUCGUUUUUAUCAAUUUCUCUUUCAGAACAAGGGAUCCAUUCAGUUGAAUCAAGCCAAUGCCAAGUUCCACAAUAGUCACACUGGCAAAGUCUACACUGUGCAGGCAGAUAAUGUGGACAAGGUAUAUUGGAUUCGGAUGGGAAACAAAUAUGCUUUGAAAGUAAUCGAUAAAAAAGGAAUGCUACAUAGGUUUGCUGGCCUAAAAGAUGAGGACUUUGGCCGAGUACAGAGUUUCAUAAAGAAUAACUGGAAGAAAGAUGUAGAGAAGCAGGAGACCAGUAUCAAGGGAUGGAAUUAUGGUUCGGCAAAUGUUGAAGGUAUGUGACGAAGUUCUUGCUUGAAUUUUCUGUUUCUAGGUCAGAAUCUUAUCUUUCGUGUCGAUGGGAAAAUUGAUUUUGAGAUUCCUUUGACAAAUGUGGCUCAAUGCCCAACAGCAGCCAAGAACGAAGCUAUACUUGAAUUUCAUAGCAAUGAAGAGACCCCGGUUCAGCUUUGUGAAUUGAGAUUACACAAGCCUGGCAAUGCCGAGGAAGAUGAGGAGGAUCCAGUAGAAGUAAGCAUGGGUUUUCUUUGCAAUUAUUUCCCUUCAUGUUAUAAAUUCUUCUUUCUAGAAGUUUAGACAAGCCAUCUUAGCGUAUGUGGAAGGAGACACCGACCUUCCUUUGGUCGCUCUUCAAAAUAUUUACUGUGCUACUCCUCGCGGUCGUUACGAUAUCAAAGUGUUUGCCAACCGACUUGCUUUUCACGGAAAGUCUUACGAUUAUAAGAUCUUACUCAACCAAAUUACUCGGAUGUUCCUUUUACCAAACAAGGAUCAGCGUCAUGUUUAUUUUGUGCUAAACAUUGCGCCUCCAAUCAGACAAGGUCAGACCAGAUAUUCAUUUGUGGUGAUGGAGUGCUUGGUGGAUGAAGAAGUGACCUUGGAGUUGACCGGGACCGAGUAAUUUGUCGCAUUUCUUAGUUAAUCCUAUUCCUUUAGUGAUCGACUCGAAAGGUUCUGCACAAUUGAAGAUGGAAAGAAAGUUUACACUGGCCCAUUAUUUGAGAUCCUCUCCAAGAUCUUCAGAGUAUUGACCAAUGUUCGAAUCACGGUUCCAGGAGAUCUUGUCAGGUAGUUGACGUUUUAUGGUCCCUUAUGUUAAUGUUUAGGCCUUCAACCGCUGAACCCACUAUUUCCUGUACAGUAUUCUCAUGCGCCUACAAGCAGGCCUCUGGCUUUUUGUAUCCGUUGGAGAAGGGCUUCAUGUAUGUCCACAAACCUCCGAUGUACAUUCGAUUCGAAGAGGUGGACAAUUUGCAUUUCGCUCGUUCUGAUGCGUCGACCCGAUCAUUCGAUCUUGAAAUUGUUUUGAGAAACAGUCAAUCGUACACCUUCAGUAAUAUCGCCAAGUAAGUUGAGUUUGGUUCUGUAAUAUUUUUGCAAUUACAUGGAAGAGUGAAGGCUUUAACACUUUUUUGCAGAGAAGAGUAUAACAAAUUGUUUGACUUUGCUGAGAAGAAAGGCCUCAAGAUUAGAAACGCCAGUAGAAUCGAGUCCAACAAAUACAAAGUGGACGCUUUUGCCGAUUCUGAUGAGGAACUUGAUCCAUACAAAGAAUCUCUCAAGGAAGAUGCGGCCGGCGAUGAUGAUGAGUCAGAUUCGGAAGAUGAAGACUUUGAUGUUGAUAAGGCGGCGAAGAAACAAAAGCAGGAAAAAGACUCUUCGGAAGGCUCGGGAUCUGAACCAGAAGAAGAAUAUGAUAGCUCUGGAUCUGAGGUGACUGAUGAUGAUAUGAUCGAAGAAGUCAAAGAGAAGCCAAAGAAAGAGAAGAGGGAGAAAAAGGAAAAGGAAUCCAGUAAGGCUUUGGCUUAAGUUAUCUUUAAUUAUGGCUUGUUUUCAAUUUAAAUUUAUUCACAUGUAAAAAAACAUGUAGCGUACCUACCUUCCACUGUCUGGUCAAUGUGAGGUCCUACCAUCGCAGGCCAUGAUUCUUUCGAAAAUCGUCUGUGCAUCUUAGUCUGGGGUGUCCAAGUGGUCGUUUUUAAGGCGGGGUUCUUUCCAUUAGUCGUUGAUCCCAUCUUCAUACUUCCAUUUCGCUUCUUUUAGUCCCUUUCCAUACAUGCUUUAGACCAGUCCGAGAACGAAUUUCCUCAUGCCUUAUAUGAUUUCUCAAAGAUAUACCUAGAAUUUUUAGCUUCAUCAAUCGCUGGCUUGUUUUCCUGAAAAAAUCCUACCAUUUUUCUUUUUCAGAGAAAUCAGAGAAGGCUGAAAAGAAGGGCAAAAAGAAGGAGAAGGAUCCGAAUGCACCAAAACGACCACAAACGGCGUACUUUUUGUUUUUGGCUGAAAAACGACCUAUGAUUUCAAAGGAAGUCUCUGGAGUGGCUGAAGUCUCCAAGAAAGCUGGUGAAAUGUGGAAGAGUCUUGGGGAUGAUGAGAAGAAGGUGGGUCUAAGAAAUAUUGCUUAUCAUCAACAACCUCACAAAUAAUCGUUUUUUAGAAGUAUCAAGCCCUUGCUGACGAAGCCAAAAAAGAAUACGAUAGGAAAAUGAAAGAAUACAAAGAAUCUGGAGGAGGCCCGUCAACUUCUAAAUCCAAACCAUCUGCGGGCACCAGCAGUCCGCAGAAGGGAAAAAACAAAUCUCGGGAAUUUGUGGAGGACUCGUCUGAUUCUUCAGAUAAGAGCGACGAUGAAUAA